AUGACAAGCAUGCAGAUCGAUCCUCCCGGCUCCAUAGACGAGGGCUUGUACCUGAGACAGAUCUAUGUGCUUGGAAAAGAAGCUAUGAUGCGUAUGCAAAACGCAAAUGUUUUAAUUGUAGGACUUUCGGGACUCGGCGUGGAAAUCGCCAAAAACGUCACUCUUGCUGGAGUCAAGCUGUUGGCGUUAUACGAUCCGGAACCAGUGAAAAUCCAAGAUCUCUCGUCACAGUUCUUCUUGAGAGAAGCGGACGUGGGUAGGUCUCGUGCGGAAGUUUCGGCAUCCAGAUUGUCGGAGUUGAACCAGUAUGUUCCCAUUUCGGUGGUUGAUGAUUUAUCUGCAUCCACACUUGCGCUGUUCAAGUGUGUGGUUUGCACCAAUACGACGCUUGAAGAGCAGAUUCGGAUCAACGAGGUGACACAUGCUAAUGAUACUGGGUUCAUUUCCGCUGAUGUCCGCGGUUUGUUCGGCCAGUUGUUUGUGGAUUUCGGUGAAAAAUUCACAGUGGUGGACCAGACCGGUGAGGAACCCCACCAGGGAAUUGUCAGUGACAUCGAAAAGGACGGAACCGUGACCAUGCUUGACGAUAAUCGCCACGGCUUGGAGGACGGUGAUUACGUCAAGUUCUCCGAGGUGCAAGGAAUGCCCAAUCUCAACGACGGAAACCCCCGGAAAAUCGAGGUGUUGGGUCCCUAUGCUUUCAGAAUCAAACUCGGACCCAACGACGGCGAGUACGUCAAAGGAGGCUUGUAUACCCAGGUUAAGAUGCCCAAGGAAUUCGAGUUCCAGUCGUUGCAAACCCAGCUCGCAAACCCAGAAUACCUCAUUUCCGACUUUGCCAAGUUCGACAGGCCUCCACAGCUCCACUUGGGCUUCCAGGCGUUGCAGAUGUUUCGCAACCGCCAUCAAAGUCUUCCUAGACCAUGCAACCAAGAAGAUGCCAACGAGUUGAUUUCCUUCACGAAACAGCUUGCCAAACAAAAUCCCUCGAUUCUUGGCGACGCCGAGGUCGAUGAAAAGCUUAUCACAGAGUUGGCGUUCCAGGCCCAGGGAGAUAUACCCGGAAUGGUGGCUCUUUUCGGUGGAUUUAUUGCCCAGGAAGUGUUGAAGAAUUGCUCGUCCAAAUUCACUCCUGCUAAACAAUGGGUGUAUUUCGACUCAUUGGAAUCUUUGCCAGAUCCAACAGAGUACCCAAGAACACCCGAAACCACCAAGCCUCAAAACUCACGCUAUGAUCUGCAAAUCGCUGUCUUCGGCUCCAAAUUCCAGGAAACGAUUGCAAACUUGAAUGUCUUCUUGGUGGGAUCCGGUGCUAUUGGAUGCGAAAUGAUGAAGAACUGGGCAAUGAUGGGGCUCGGUAGUGGUCCAAAGGGUAAAAUCACGGUCACCGAUAUGGACUCUAUUGAAAAAUCAAACUUAAACCGUCAAUUUUUGUUCCGUCCAAAAGAUGUCGGCAAAAACAAAUCCGAAGUCGCAGCCGCAGCCGCUCUCGACAUGAACCCCGACCUUCACAUCGAGGCCAAAUUGGAAAAAGUCGGUCCUGAAACCGAAGAUCUCUACGAUGACGACUUUUGGAAUGGACUCGAUUUUGUCACCAAUGCGCUCGACAACGUCGAUGCUCGUACCUAUGUCGACAGGCGCUGUGUGUUCUACAAGAAGCCUCUUCUCGAAUCUGGAACUCUUGGUACCAAGGGAAAUACUCAAGUCGUUAUACCCAACUUGACCGAAUCAUACGCCAGUUCGCACGAUCCACCAGAGAAGCUGAUUCCGCUCUGUACUCUCCGGUCGUUUCCUAACAAAAUCGACCACACCAUUGCGUGGGCAAAGUCGCUUUUCCAAGGCUAUUUUGCUGAUCUGCCCGAGACCGUCAAUUUGUACCUCAGUCAACCAAACUACGUCGAGCAAACUCUCAAACAGAAUCCUGAUAUCAAGGGCACUCUUGCCAAUAUCCGGGACUAUCUCGUGAGCAGACCCUAUACUUUUGACGACUGUAUACGUUGGGCUCGUACUCGAUUCGAGGAAAAAUUCAAUCAUGAGAUUCUCCAGUUAUUAUACAACUUUCCCGUCGACGCCAAAACUUCCAAUGGAGCUCCUUUCUGGUCUGGACCCAAGAGAGCACCUACACCUUUGAGGUUUGACAUCAACAACCCCGACCACUUCAACUUUGUGGUUGGUGGUGCCAAUCUUUUGGCUUCGAUCUACGGCUUGAAGGAAACCAGUGCAUCGCGUGAAGAUUACAAGAAGGUUGUAGAGUCGAUGCACUUUGAUCCAUAUGAGCCCAAAUCGGGAGUCAGCAUCGCUGCUAACGAUGCCGAAGCAGAAGAACAACAGCGCAGUAUGUCUGGAAGUAUUGAUGAUGACGAGAUCAAGAAAAUUGCUGCUGAGUUGCCAGAACCCGCUUCGUUAGCUGGUUUCCGUCUCACCCCCAUCGAGUUCGAAAAGGAUGAUGAUACCAACCACCACAUCGAAUUUAUCGCAGCUGCUUCAAAUUGCCGUGCUUUGAACUAUGCUAUCGAGACCGCAGAUGCGUCCAAGACCAAGCUUAUUGCCGGAAAAAUUGUGCCUGCUAUUGCGACUACAACCGCAUUGGUUACUGGUCUUGUGUGCUUGGAGUUGUACAAAGUGGUUGCUAAGGAUACCAACAUCGAGCACUACAAGAACGGUUUUGUCAAUCUUGCGCUUCCAUUUGUCGGAUUUUCAGAACCAAUUCUGUCGCCAAAGGGUAAGUAUAACGGAGUUGAGUUCGACUCAAUUUGGGACCGGUUCGAAAUUGAAGGUGAUAUCACCUUACAAGAGCUUCUUGACUACUUUGCCAACGAAAAAGGGUUAGAAAUCUCCAUGUUGUCGUAUGGAGUUUCACUCUUGUAUGCCUCGUUCUUCCCUCCAAAGAAGAUCAAGGACAGAAGCACAAUGAAAAUGACUGCUCUCAUCAAAGAGGUGAGCAAGAAGGAAAUUCCUCCUCAUGUUCACAACUUGAUUCUCGAAAUCUGCUGCGAUGACAAGGAGGGUGAAGAUGUGGAUGUUCCUUACAUCUGUAUCAAGAUCUAG